CAACACUGAUGCUGCCGCUCGCUCAGGGAGGGGCGGGGGUGCGGCGCGCUUUUUGGGGGCUCCUGAACACAGUCUUUGCCUCUCUCUCGCCUCUCCAGCAUGUAUUCCUUGAACAGCAUCAAAGUCUGAAAAGAAUCACAAAUUUUUAAUUCAGUAACAUAUAUAUUCCACAAGGAUGAAAAUUCUCACAACGGAAAGAUCUUCAGACUCCAGGAUCAGGAUAGCGAUGCAGAGGCCUUAAACCUCCAAUCAUAAAAGAUGCCUCAAACCAGCAUGCGGCAAAGCUUUAAACCAGGAUACAGCAAAGCUUUAAACCAGCGCACAGCGAAGCCUUAAACCAGCACACAGCAAACCUUAAACCAACAGAGUGAAGCUUAAACCAGCAAACACUGAAGCUUAAACUAGCAUGUAGUGAAGCCUUAAACCAGUGAACAUAGCACAUCUGCCCUGACAUCUUCAAUCCUGAGCUCCAGCCCCACAUUCACAAUAAGGACGCCUCCAGGUCAAAUACAGCACGCUGGUAAGAUAGUAAGGACAGUAACCGCAUAUUAAAAAUUGCUCUCAAGACAGUGAGAAGGCAGUGCCCUCUCCGUCUCUGAGCGAGUGGCUGUAUUUUAACCCAAAAGAUAAAGAUGUCAUCUGUCAACACUGAAAAUGGACCAGGACAGACUCAGAGCAGGAGCCGUGACAAAACACUGAAGAAGCCCACCUCGUCUGCGCUGAGCGGUGCGAUUCAGCUGGGCAUCGGCUACACCGUGGGCAACCUGACCUCCAAGCCAGAUCGAGAUGUGCUCAUGCAGGACUUCUACAUGGUGGAGAGUGUCUUCAUGCCCAGUGAAGGGAGCAACUUGACCCCGGCUCAUCACUAUCCGGACUUCCGCUUCAAAACCUACGCCCCCAUGGCUUUCCGCUACUUCCGCGAGCUUUUCGGGAUCAAGCCCGACGAUUACCUGUACUCCAUCUGUAAUGAGCCCCUGAUCGAGCUCUCGAACCCCGGGGCCAGCAGCUCUUGGUUCUACGUGACGAGUGACGAUGAAUUCAUCAUCAAAACCGUCCAGCACAAAGAGGCGGAAUUCCUUCAGAAGCUGCUGCCCGGUUAUUACAUGAACUUGAAUCAGAACCCGCGGACGCUGCUGCCCAAGUUCUACGGGCUGUACUGCGUGCAGUCGGCCGGGGCGAUCACGCGUGUGGUGGUGAUGAACAACGUGCUGCCGCGGGCCAUGAAGAUGCACUACAAGUACGACCUGAAGGGCUCCACCCACAAGCGCCGGGCCUCGCGGAAAGAGCGGGAAAAGAGCAGCCCCACCUGCAAGGACCUGGACUUCCAGGACACGCACGAGGACGGCCUGCACUUCGACCACGACACCUACAGCGCCCUCAUCAAGACCCUGCAGAGGGACUGCCGGGUUCUGGAGAGCUUUAAGAUCAUGGACUACAGCCUGCUGCUGGGCAUCCAUGUGCUGGACCAGAGCGCAAAGGACAGGGAGGCGGAGCAGACGGGCGGGGCAGGGGCGGGAGCGACGGGCGGGGCGGGAGGGCGGCCUGUGGCCCAGAAGGUGCUGUACUCCACGGCCCUGGAGUCCAUCCAGGGGGACGGCAAAGCGGGCGAGGCUGUGACCACCGACGCCACUAUGGGCGGAAUUCCUGCAAAGCACAAAGAUGAGAAGCUGCUCAUCUUUUUGGGCAUCAUUGACAUUUUACAGUCCUACAGGUUCGUCAAGAAACUGGAGCACUCCUGGAAAGCUCUGGUGCAUGAUGGAGACUCGGUGUCUGUGCACCGGCCUAGUUUCUAUGCCGACAGGUUUCUGAAGUUCAUGAGCAACACCGUGUUUAAGAAGAUUCCUGGCAUCCGUUGUACUUCCUCCAAGAGGAAGAGGAGCUCAGUCAUGGCGCAGAAGUCUGCCUCCCAGGAGCUGCUGUCCUCCCACAGGGAGGAGAAGAAGGAAGAGAGGAGAGAGAGACUGGAGCGGGCACGCAGCCUAGCUAGCCUCAACGGACAUGUGCCCUACCCGCAUCCUGACCAGGCCGCGCUCCCAAAGGGCCUGUACCGGGCCAUCUCCAUGGCACCCACUACAUCUUCCUCGUCCCUGACUACUAUCAAUCAAAAUCUGGAGACUAAGUCAAAGAGCAGUGGUGACGUCUCUCGCUCCACCCUCACUCUAAAGGACAGCUCCUCCUCUUUGGCAUCUGCUCUCAGUGGGUCAAACAGGGACAAAGAUGACGGGACCGUACUGGAUGUGUACUUAGUGAGUACCUGUCCAAACAAUUCUGCCUGACCUGUGGCAUCACCCUUCUGUUGAGUUCCAGUGACAUCACCACCAACUCCACCCCUUGUUUAGUUCCAGUGACAUCAUCACUGACUCCAUCCCUCUGUUCAGUUCCAGUGACAUCAUCACUGACUCCACCCCUUCUGUUCAUUUCCAGUGACAUCAUCACUGACUCCACCCCCCUGUUGAGUUCCAGUGACAUCAUCACUGACUCUACCCCUCUCUGCUGUUGGUUUGCAGUGAGAUCGUCACUGACUUCACCCCUCUCAGUCGGGUUCCAGUGACAUCAGCACUGACCCCACCCCCCUGUUCAGUUCCAGAGACAUCAUCACUGACUCCUGCCCUCUGUUGAGUUCCAGUGACAUCAUCACUGACUCCACCCCUCCCUGCUGUUGGUUUGCGGUGAGAUCGUCACUGACUCCACCCCUCUCAGUCGAGUUCCAGUGACAUCAUCACUGACUCCACCCCUCUGUUGAGUUCCAGUGACAUCAUCACUGACUCCACCCCUCUCUGCUGUUGGUUUGCAGUGAGAUCAUCACUGAUUCCGCCCCUCUCUGUCGGGUUCCAGUGAUGUGUGAAGGCUGAUGGUCACUGACCACCCUCCCAUUUAGGACUUAACACUUGGGAACACCCCCACCUGUCAAUCACCAUCAGUUGGCAUACUCCACUCACCUGUCAAUCAUCAUCAAUCAACAAAUUCCCCUCACCUGUCACCCACCCAUCAAUCGUUACACCACUCAUCUGUCAAUCACAACACUCCAGGUACAUUUCGGCAAGAAGGUUGUGGGUUUGAAUCUCGGCUUGGGCCUUUCUGUGCGGAGUUUGCAUGUUCUCCCCGUCUCUCCGUGGGUUUCCUCCA